AUGGCCCCUCGAAACAGCUGCGAACGCUUUGCCCACCUCGCGACCCUCGCCCAUCGGCCGACGCCCUCGCCGCCUAGCCGACCGUCGACCUCGCUUCCCUCGCCCAUCGCUCUCGCUUCCCCCGCCAGUCGCUCUCGCUUUCCCCGCCUACCACCCUCGCGGAAGCCCGUCCCCCUCGCCGCUUCCCCGCCCGCCGCCCUCGCUUCCGCCCGUCGCCCUCGCAUCCGCCCGUCACCCGCCCUUCCGCCCGCCGUCCUUCCUUCCCCUCGUCGCGCUCCCUUCCGCCCGUCGCCCUCCCUUCUUCUCGUCGCCCUCCCGUCCUCCCGUUGCCUUCCCUUCCGCCCUCCGCCCUUCCUUCCCCUCGUCGCGCUCCCUUCCGCCCGUUGCCCCCCUUCGUCUCGUCGCCCUCCCUGCCGCUCGUCGCCCUCCCUGCCGCUCGUCGCCCUCCCUCCCGCGAGUCCCCUCGCAAUCCCCGUCUAUCUCUCUCCCCCGUCGCCCUCGGUUUCCCCGCCGCCCUCCCAUCCACUCCUCGUUGCCCUCGCCAUCCCUCCCUUCUCCCUUCUCAUCUCGCACACUUGUCACCCCCCCUUUCCAACCCGCACAUACACCCUUCCCUCUCCCCAAUAA